GAGGCCCUUGGACUUGACUCGCAUCCAUGAUUCUCAAAUUGAGCUCCAAAGUAGGCUUGACAAACACGUUGCCAGACUCAGCCAUUUUCAGGCAGUUUCCCAAUUUUGGCAUAGCCUUUUGGUCAGAUUCAAAAAAGGUCUUCUGGACUUUCUAUUGAGCUCCCAAGUACUUUAAUGUGUAGAUGGACACUUCGGCUUCAAAACAAGCCUUUAAUCUCCAAUUUCCAUCUAGCCAAUUGUAAGAUAUGAAUCUCCAAAGUAGGCACCAUGAAACUGUUUUACACUGAAACAACUGAUUAGGUCGACCUGAUCCUAUAUGAGGUCGACCGAAAAGUGCAUGUCACCGUGACAUGCAUGUCACCGUAGCAAAGUCCAAAAUGUUAAUAAUGUCAUUAGAAAUCAUUGGAAGAGGCCAUGACUAGAUAGUUAUAAACAUGAUGUGAAAAUGUGAAUCGUUAGUACUAAAGAUGUUGUAAAUCAAUGAUAUUGUUAUUCAAACUAUUAAUGACUAUGUUACAUAACUUUAAUGAUUCAUUCAUAGACGUUGAUGACGAAACUAUAAAACAAUAACAAUUGAUCCAAAAUUCUUAAUAAUGUAAUUGUAAGGAAUUGAUAAGUAUAUUGAAGUCGUUAAUAAUGAUGAGGUAUAAUAAUAACGAUUCAUUUCAUAAAUGUUGAUAAUGUCAUUGCAAAAUGUUAAUACUGUAUUGCAAGUUGCCACGAAGUGAGAGAGCAUAUAUUUUUAAUUUCAAUUUUUAUUUUAAAAAAUAAAAAAUAUUAAGUUCAAAUUUAUUAAAUAUUAAAUAAUAAUAUUUAAUUAAAUUAAUUUCGAAUUUCCUUUUAAUUGUAGUGGAGAGAGAGGGUUAUGGAGAAGAUGAGAGAGAAAAAGAAUCAUUAAUGAGUAAUAUUAAUUAUAUUUUCAUAAUAUCUUAUUUAUUCCAACUAACUAUUAUCAACUAACCCUUCAUUAACUACCUAAUCUAGUAUCAGCCAAUAAAAAUGGUUUAAGAACCUCCUUAAACAAUGAGGCUUAAGGACCGGAUCCAACCCGGGCGAUGACACUCAUGCAGAGGCAGCAAAAAUAAAAAUAAAAAAUCAAAUCACAAUGUGACACGUGGCAUUUUUCUUUUUCAUUUGCUAUAAAUGAGCUCCUUGGGCUUAUGUUUAGAGGGAGCGGAUCAGGUUAGUAACCAUGAGUAACUCGUCCACAUCAGCAUGACAUCAGCAUCCGUCUCCCGCGUGGGAAGUCUUUUAUCAUUUCCCCCUUAAUCUUUAACGAACGAUUUCUCUCAUUUUAAGUCGAAAUUUAAAUUUUUUUGCACAGAUAAAUCAGAUUAAUUGUGCUUUUUAAAAUGGUAUUCACUUUGAUAUAUUUUUAAAACAAAAAAUUGAGGCAUUUUUUACCAGCCAAUAUCAUAUGAUAUUAAAUAGGAGCAUAUCAUAUGGAAGAAAGCGUACCAUGAUGGUAUGAACAUAUCAAGACUGUAGAAAAGUUGAAUACAUGAUAGUAUGAGUACACUAACUGUCAUUUACGACUUUCAUCUUUGUUUACCACAAGUUACCACCCCAUACCAGAGUGGUAAAGUAUGGUAACUUUUGGUCUUGUAUUUUUUUACCCAAAAAUUUGAAGAUCCAAUAGAUCAUGAUGAACUCGUUCUUUCUGAGCAAAUAUUUUCAAAAACGACUUAAAUACGAAGAAGUUACCAUAUGGUAUGGAGUUGGUAACGGGAGGUAUCAAAAAACAUCUCUCAAAACAUAUUGGAAAUUGAUCUCGUUUUGUAGAGCACAACGAACUAGUUCCAUCUGUGCAAAAAAAUUGAAAUCCAAGUUAGAACGAAGAAGACAAUAAUCGAUUAAUAAAACUAGAGAAAAUAAAAUAUCUUUAAUUCACAACCCUUAGAAGUUAGAUCUAAAUUUUUUGGACCCACUUAAAAUGGAAGGUCCAUAUCUGAUUACUCAUUGCUGAGUAACCAGAGGUUACUGACCAGACUUAAGCCUGUUUAGGGGGGAUUCCAUAGGGAAACAACGCUACAAAAAUAGAAACCUUGAUAAGUAGAAAGACUUACAUAUGGUUUUCUCUUCACCAUUUCGUUUACACGAAGUUUAGUACAGAGGUUUAAUGAUAGGAUCAGAAAGGGGCACUUCAACCAGGUUGGUGCUUGUACUCAACUUUCAUCUUCUUAAAUCUUAUUUCAUUUUGUCCAGUUUAUAAUCAAUCUUACCUAUUUAUAAUCAAUCAUUUUACUUAACAGCUCUUUAUAUUCAAGCACUCUCUUUAUCAAAAUCUGCUCAUAUAAGUUUCAUUAACCUCUUUCAUUGAAGUUCUUUUUCCCCCAACAUAUUAUUAGCUUUUGUCUAUGCUAUAAACCGAUCAAUUUAACUAUCCAUGAAGUUGGAUGUUUUGUUUUAAAUCACCGUCGUGUUUAGAUUCCGUAUUUCUAGGGUUAGUAGGCAACUUUUAUGGAAAAAAUCCCAUAAUACACUUAUUAUUAAAAAAAAUUCCCAAAAUACAAUACUUAUAAAAAUAUUUCCCAAAAUACAGCAGUUUGGUUAUCACCGCUGCAAACAAAAAUAGUGAUGGAAAUCACCGUUUUUGACCAAAACGGUGAUAGCAUCACGGUUUUGGUCCAAAGCGAUGAUGCUAUCACCGUUUUGGACCAAAACGGUGAUAGCAUCAUCGCUUUGGACAACAACAGUGAUGCUAUCAUCGCUGUUGUCAAUGACGGUGAUUAACUCACCGUAGAUUUGCGACGCGGUGAACAUCUUCACCGUUGAAUCCAAAAGCGGUGAAAGUGCGCGGAUCGCUGACGUGGACGCGGGCGGGGACUUCACCGCUGAAGACCAAAGCGGUGAUAGCCCCGCUUUCCACGUCAGCGAUCCGCGCCACCCGCGCGUUCACCGCUGCCGUUGGAUGCAGUGAGGCGCGGAUUGUGAUUUUUCUCCACGAUCCGACGCCUCACGCCGCGCCACGUCAUGAAUCCAGGCCAUCACCGCCUUUGUUGGACGCAGUGAUUUCACUGCUUUCGUCAGAAGCGGUGAUUGGUCCCUGGUAAUUUUUCCAACGGCUCUUUCCCCACUUUCCCCUAUAAAUACCACUCCCCCCCCCCCCCCCCCCCCCCCCCCCCCCCCCCUCAUUCCAAACCACACCAAAAUCUUAUACUUCUUUCUCCCUCCUUUACUUUCCUCUAGUUUCGUUCUAAGUAUGCUCUGUGGUUGCGGCUAAGUCCGAUCUUCCGCAUCAGAAAGAAUUACUAGAGUUAGUUUUUGUUUUGUUUUGUCGAUACACUCGCUAGCUUUUCGGCAAAAAAUGGACGAAGAGGCUUUGAGAGUACGUAAAUUAAUUAUAUUCUUUUGUGAUUUUUUUUUACAUGGGUGCUAAAAUUUAAAUUGAUUUGAUUUUAUAUUUUUUUAUAGAUGGGUGCUGAGAUAUACGAACCUCGAUUGUAUAUCGAUCCUGGCCCAAGGGAUGGAAGGUAUUUAACCGGGCAAGAUCAACAUCGCUCCCGUUCAAUUUGGAACAAUAAUCCGGUAGACACUAAAUUUAUUUCAAUAGUUUUAAAGUUUUUAUUUUGCUUUCUAUUGACUGAUAAUAUUGUGUUUUUUGUUUUGUAGGAAUCACUUAUUCCCAUCGCUCAUCGAGGGACAUGUCGAUUGCCCCGUUGGCAUGAUCGACUGCAGCUCUAUAUAGAGAGGACGGGAUUGCACAUGCUGAGGCACUUUACGAGGCUUGAUAUUGACAACGAUCUGCUGACGGCAAUGGCAGAGCGAUGACGCCCCGAGCUGCAUACCUUCCACUUUCCCGAGGGUGAAAUGACGAUCACCCUCAAAGAUGUUGCCAUCCUCACCGGGCUCCCGAUCACCGGAGAUGCCAUCAUCGACAGCUCGAAAAAACCGGAUGAUGGUUGGGGGCCGUUGAUUCUAGAGCGUUUGGGGUUCAACAUGCCGACCACCACGCCCGUCGACGGGCAUGGGCAUCCACCACUGAAUGCGGGGCAAGUAUCGGUCCCGUGGCUUGUUGACCACAUCCAAAUGGAGGUUAACAUAGGCCCCGACACUCCUGAAGAUCAGGUGGAGCGGUAUGCACGUGUCUACCUAAUUGGUUUGGUUGGUGGGUUUCUGUUCCCCGACAAGUCAAACCGGUGGAUACAAGGCAUGUGGUUAAAUAUGCUCCUCGGUGACUAGGACGAGAUCGGGAGAAAAAGUUGGGGGUCGGCCGUCUUGGCUGGGAUCUAUCGAGAGUUGUGUACUUGCUCGAGGUUGGGAGCGAAACAAGCUGGUGGUGCGAUGUUCAUACUCCAACUCUGGGCAUGGGAGCAUCUUCCGUUUUUAGCACCUCGAGACCCUCGGGAAUUCUGGUUGCCAGACGAUGAGCUACGAUUUGUAGCAAAUCCCCCAUAUGGUUUCAAGUAAGUUUAAUUUCAUCUAAAUUCAUGAGAAAACAUACCGACUCCCGAUCUAUCAUGAGAAAACUAAUCAAAUUCAUCUAAAUUCAUAACUAAUUAACUAACAUCUAUCAUAUCAUAAUUAAUCUAAAUAUAUCAUAACAUAUUUUCCAAUAACCGCAAUUCACUAAAUACAGACAUAUAAAUUACUAACACAUCAACAUGUAAACAUUACAUAAUUAUAACAUACCGAAUCCCGACGAGUUUCUUGAGCAGUAAACCAACUCCAAACCAGCUGAGAAAACGACUAAUAAAACACUAAUUUUUGUACUAAUUUUCUGUAAAGUAGCAAUAGGGGAAGUGGAGGUCAGUAUUUAUAGAUAAUUUUUUUUGCAAUCACCGCCUUGGACAAAAACAGUGAUGUGUUCACCGCCAUUGUCCUCAGCGGUGAUUGCUUGGUAGCUGUGACCUAAUUUCCACCUACCAGGCCGGUAAAACGUGUCAAUUAUCACCGCUUUACACAUCAGCGAUGAUAUCAUCGCUUUACACAUCAGCGGUGAUAAGGUCUCCUUUCACCGUUUUGGUAGAAAGCGAUGAUAACCAAACUGCUGUAUUUUGGGAAAUAAUUUUAUAAGUACUGUAUUUUGGGAAUUUUUUUUAAUAAUUAGUGUAUUAUGGGAUUUUUUCCCAACUUUUAUAGCCACACAUAUAUACAAGCAAAUUAAAGUUUGCUAAAAAGCAUAUUUUGGAUACAAACAAAAACCACUUUUUAGAAGUCCAUGGAUCACCUUGGAUCCGGAUCCAACAAAGAUCACCCACACAAAAUAAGUUUCAGAUUUUAAU